GGCGGCGCGCCCGGGCAGCCUGAGCCGCGAGCCGCGUCGCUGUAAUCAGACACCAGAGCGCUCGCCCCCCGCGCCAGGCCACUUUCCAUUCACUCUGAGGUGCUUGAUUGAGCGACGCUGAGAAGGGCUCUAGGGGCCGCGGCACUGCAGCGCUGAGGGUUCCUUUACAAAGAAACUCAGGAGGACCUGGAAGAAAGAAUUUCACUGCUCGGACGCUUUAGAAAUUAAGGUCUUCUGGGAGAAGGAUUAGAGACACGCGGAUCCAAACCGGUAGCAAAUAGGUGACUUUUCCGUGCUGAUUUCUUCCAACCUCGGUAUUUUCUCCUGGAUGUUAAGUUGCAAAAUCUGAAGAAAUGGCAUUCUGGUCUAUUCACGUAUUGAUUGGAGUAUUUAUUUAUUCUCUCUGUGCAAAAGGAUCUCCCCAGCCCCAAGCAAGAGUUUAUUUAACAUUUGAUGAGCUGCAGGAAACCAAGACCUCUGAACAUUUCAGCCUAUCCCACCACCCUUUAGACUACAGGAUACUAUUAAUGGACGAAGAUCAGGACCGGAUAUACGUGGGCAGCAAAGACCACAUUCUUUCCUUGAAUAUUAACAAUAUAAGUCAAGAACCUCUGAGUGUUUUCUGGCCAGCAUCUGCAAUCAAAGUUGAAGAAUGCAAAAUGGCUGGCAAGGAUCCCACACAUGGCUGUGGAAACUUCGUUCGUGUAAUACAGGCUUUCAACCGCACUCAUUUGUACGUAUGUGGGAGUGGUGCUUUCAGUCCAGUCUGUACUUAUUUAAACAGAGGGAGGAGAUCAGAGGACCAAGUUUUCAUGAUUGACUCCAAGUGUGAAUCUGGGAAAGGACGCUGCUCUUUCAACCCCAAUGUGAACACGGUGUCUGUUAUGAUCAAUGAAGAGCUUUUCUCUGGAAUGUAUAUAGAUUUCAUGGGGACAGAUGCUGCUAUUUUUCGAAGUUUAACCAAGAGGAAUGCAGUCAGAACUGAUCAACACAAUUCCAAAUGGCUAAGCGAACCUAUGUUUGUGGAUGCUCAUGUCAUCCCAGAUGGCACUGAUCCAAAUGAUGCUAAGGUGUAUUUCUUCUUCAAAGAGAAACUUACUGACAAUAGCAGGAGCACAAAGCAGAUUCAUUCCAUGAUUGCUAGAAUAUGUCCUAAUGACACUGGUGGACUCCGUAGCCUUGUUAACAAGUGGACCACGUUCUUAAAAGCAAGGCUCGUGUGCUCGGUAACAGACGAAGAUGGCCCAGAAACAUACUUUGAUGAACUGGAGGAUGUGUUUCUGCUGGAAACUGAUAAUCCAAGAACAACACUAGUAUAUGGCAUUUUUACAACUUCAAGCUCAGUUUUUAAAGGAUCAGCCGUGUGUGUGUAUCAUUUAUCUGACAUACAGACUGUGUUUAAUGGGCCUUUUGCUCACAAAGAAGGGCCCAAUCAUCAGCUGAUUUCCUACCAGGGCAGAAUUCCGUAUCCUCGCCCUGGAACUUGUCCGGGAGGAGCAUUUACACCCAAUAUGCGAACCACCAAGGAGUUCCCAGAUGAUGUUGUUACUUUUAUUCGGAAUCAUCCUCUCAUGUACAAUCCCAUCUACCCAGUCCACAGAAGGCCUUUGAUUGUCCGGAUAGGCACAGACUACAAGUACACAAAGAUCGCUGUGGAUCGAGUAAAUGCUGCUGAUGGUAGAUACCAUGUCCUGUUUCUCGGAACAGAUCGGGGCACUGUGCAAAAGGUCGUUGUUCUUCCUACAAACAGUUCUGCUAGCAGCGAGCUCAUUCUGGAGGAAUUGGAAGUCUUCAAGAAUCAUGUUCCCAUAACAACAAUGAAAAUUUCAUCCAAAAAGCAACAGUUGUAUGUGAGCUCCAAUGAAGGGAUUUCCCAAGUAUCUCUACAUCGCUGCCACAUCUACGGCACAGCCUGUGCUGACUGCUGCCUGGCGAGGGAUCCUUACUGCGCCUGGGAUGGCCAUUCUUGCUCUAGGUUCUACCCAACUGGGAAGCGGAGGAGCCGAAGACAAGAUGUGAGACAUGGAAAUCCAUUGACUCAAUGCAGAGGAUUUAAUCUAAAAGCAUAUAGAAAUGCAGCUGAAAUUGUUCAGUAUGGAGUAAAAAAUAACACCACUUUCCUUGAGUGCAGCCCCAAGUCUCCGCAGGCAUCUAUCAAGUGGUUGUUACAGAAAGACAAAGACAGGAGGAAAGAGGUCAAACUGAAUGAACGAAUCAUAGCCACUGCACAGGGUCUCCUGAUCCGCUCUGUUCAGCAUGCUGACCAAGGACUGUAUCACUGCAUUGCAACAGAAAACACCUUCAAGCAGACCAUAGCCAAGAUCAACUUCAAAGUGUUAGAUUCAGAAAUGGUUGCUGUUGUGACAGAUAAAUGGUCUCCAUGGACCUGGGCCAGCUCUGUGAGGGCUUUACCCUUCCACCCAAAGGACAUCAUAGGGGCCUUCAGCCACUCAGAAAUGCAGAUGAUUAAUCAAUACUGCAAAGACACGCGACAGCAAAAUCAACAGGUAGAAGAAUCCCAAAAAAUGAGAGGGGACUAUGGCAAGUUAAAGGCUCUCAUCAACAGCCGUAAAAGUAGAAAUAGAAGGAAUCAGUUGCCAGAAUGAUAAUAUUUUCCUGUGUGGGGCUUAUACUUCCAGUAACAAAUAGCCUGUCAAUGAUCAAAGUUUGAGCAAAGAAUCUUGUGGUUUACCCAUGGGAAAUUCCUGAGCAAGGUGUUUAGUGGUUACUUCUAAAAUGAAUUUUACAUGAACUGAAAUAAGCAUGCAUUUUCUUGUAUGAUAUUGACUAGCCCUAGACAUGUCAUGGUCCUCAUGGUGCAUAUAAAUAUUUAACUUAACCAGAUUUUAUUUAUGUCUUUAUUUGCCUUUUCUUCCAAAUCAGUAAGGUGGCUACAAAACUAGAAUUGUUACCUCCCUCAAUUGAAUGAGGGCCAUAACUUUGUGGUCUUCUUUCCCUGCUCUAGGGGUUUAGAUUUCUAAUUGCCAUUGAUUUAAUAUGUGAAAACAAAUGCCAAGUUCACAACUUUCACAUAAUAAAAGUUGUAUAAAUACAUGCAGCAGAGCAGCUGUCAAAAGAAAUGUAGAAAUAGGUAAAAGACAGGGAUGAAGGCAUUGAAAGUUGUAUAAAAACGUGAUUGAUUCAUAAAGAGAAAAUAAUGAGUUUAUGUGCUUCUAGUGAAAUAUGCCAUUGGUUAUUUUUAAAGAUUGUAAUAGGUGUCAGUUGCUGAUACCUGUCACAUUGAUCUUUGUUUCCUUAUUUAAGGAAGAUGAAAUAACCUACACCAUAAAGAUCUUUGAUGAGAGUUAUAUUGGUGAAGCAUUUGCAUUUAUAUUCUUAUGUUAUUAUUUUCCAAACAGAGGCCCUUUCUUUUUUUGGAAGUUAUUUAAGUUAUUCUAGACUCAGAGAAUAUAAUCUUAUCCUGUUUAAUUGAUUACUAUUUUUGACCUGAUUUUCUAGUCUUUCUGCUAAGUUAGACAAUAUAAGAAGAAAAGUUUUUGAAGUAUCAAACUUCUGUACGAGGGUGAAACCAUCACGAAGAACAAAAAGAAAAGAAUAUCAAAGGAGAUGCCACUUUAUUAAGAGGAAUUUAUUAUAAAUGUGGUUAGUUUUCAACUUCAAUAAUUAAGUUCAAUGUUAGCUAUUUUUAACAACCUCAGCUAUCAUAUCGAUUUUUAAACCAACAUUUUAGCUUUUUUUAUGAUCCUUUGUGUGUGACAGAGAGGUGUCCCUUAUGUUGAAUUAUUUUAAAAUCCAAUAUGAACAAAAAUAGUUGUUCUUUCUAAAGAAUAUUGGUGCACUAUGUGCACUGGUAUAUAGACAUAGAUAUAUACAAAUGUGGAAAGUUUUAUGAUGAAUACAAUCAAUUAUCUUCUGUUUGGUUGGAAAAUUUUAUUAGAAUAAUUUAAUACUGAAUUAUUUUACUCCAAAUAAAAAUUAAAUGGAAGCUAUAUGAAAAAAAAAAAACACUUUUCCUCCUAUUCUUAUGUUUCUUUUAAAAAUACAACAUUCGCCUUUUCAUUUAAAUUACUUUUAAGACACUCUCAUGUUUCCAGGUGAAAACAGAAACUGCCUCACAUACCUAAUCAAAAUCUAGUAUAAAAUUUUAUUUGUAAUCAACAAUCCAUGAAGAAGGUAAUCAAGUUAGCUGUACCAUCUUUUUAAGUACUGUAGUAUGAGGCUUCAAGGAUUAAAAUCAGUGUUAAAAUGAAUGUAAUAAUUGCUCAAAAUCUAAGAAUAUGAUUUAUUAUUUAAGUAGUGAUAAAUUAUGACAUUUUAAGAGGAGGCCUCAAUGUGACAAAAACAGCAGUUAAAGUAUACAACAUAAAGAACACCAAACUUCAUUUUAAAAAGAAAAGCCUCUUGUUCCGAUGUGUCUGACUCUAAAAUAAUGUCUAAAGCAGCUUAUUAUACAAAUGCUUAACGGUUGUAAUUAAACUUCUCUUUCUCCUCUUCUACGUGUACAUAUGGAAAUGCAUGUGAAUGUAAAGCCAAAACCAUUUUCUGUGUUAUGGCCAAUCUAUUGUAUGUACAGAGUUGAAAGUAAGAUUAUUUUAAGAGACAGAAUUUAGGGUAAACUACACAGAUCCCCUUGCUUCAUGUAAACCCAGACAUACAGACAAUAAGGGUGUUUAGUUUUGUAAUAUUAUUUGUGCUAUUUAAUAAUUCUAUUUUGAGCAUUAUUAAAUUGUAUAUACUUUUAUUACUUUUCUUUUAAAAAUAUAGAAAUCCUUCUUGAACAUUAAUUGCCAAAUGUAAAGGAAAUUUUCUUUCUCAAAAACUUGGUUAAUGUAUACUGAAUGUGGGUGGUUGAUUGGUUUUGUUUUGUGUAGUUUGAUAAUUUGAUGACUUAAUAUGUUUCUCAUUUGUACUGUACAUAAAAUUUCCUAGAAAUGCACUUUUUUUCAAAGUGUAGGUUUGUGGAUAGAUUUUAGCAUGAUGAAACUGUCACUACAGUGAAUGUUCACUCUGUGUAAGAAAACAAACUAAAUGUAGUUGGCACAUUAAUAUUUAAUUGAAUAUUGAAGAUUUCAUUUGCCUGGAAGAAUAAAACAAACAUGUUGAAUUCUCCA